UGCCUCCGACGAUGUCGACCGCUCCUGACGCGGCGAGCGCACCGCCGUCGGCGCCGCUGGUGCUGACGCCGCAGCUUAUGACGAAGCUCAAGCCCGCAAAAAUCUUCAAAGCCGCGGUCGAGCAACCACAGACGCCACCGUCUCCGGGCACGCCAGCACCGCGGUCACCCAACGCGGGCCCGAAGCAUAUUACUGGCAUCAGCUUUGACGAUAGAGGAGACCAGGUGGUGACGGCGUCGGAGGACGAGACGUUUCGCCUGUACAGUUGCAAAAGCGGCAAGCAUCUGAAGACCUUAUACUCCAAGAAAUACGGCGUCGAUUUACCGCGCUUCACACACAAGAACACCGCGAUCGUGCACGCGUCGACGAAGGAGGACGAUACGGUGCGGUAUCACUCCCUCCACGACAACAAGUACCUUCAGUACUUCAAGGGACACAAGGGGAGAGUCGUGUCCCUCGAGGUGUCUCCGGUCGAUGAUGGGUUUAUGUCCGGCUCGAUGGACAAGACUGUGCGUCUCUGGGAUCUACGCACACCGACAUGCAGAGGCCUUCUGAACCUCCCUGCUUCUCCCAUAGUGGCAUACGACGCGUCAGGGCUGGUGUUCGCCGUCGCCGUCAACGUGUACUCCCGUAUCCUGCUUUACGACCAAGCCAACUUCGACAAGGCUCCGUUCCUCGUAAUCACUCUGGAGGACCCGACGCUGGCGCUCAUCAGCUUCCCGCCACGCGCAAUCUACAUGACCUCACUGUCGUUCUCCACCAACGGGAAGUAUCUCCUGGUAGGCUGCUCCGGGGCCGCGCACUACAUCUUGGACGCUUUCGAAGGACAUCUGCUCGCGAAACUGGAAGGCCACGUUGGGCUGGAGCGUAGGAAGCUGAGUACACCACUGAAGAUCGAGCCUGAACAAGGGUGCAGUGGUGAGGAAGUGUCAUGGACGCCCGAUAGCAAGUUCAUUGUGAGCGGGAGUCUUGACGGCAAAGUGGUCAUGUGGGACGUGCAGAACCUUCCAGUGAAGGAGGGCCCUAUCAAUCUGAAGGACACGCCUCUUCUAUUGAGACCGAUGGCCGCGCUGGAGGGACACCCGGGCCCGUCGAGAUGUGUGAGGUUCAACCCUCGUUUUGCCAUGAUGUGUACUGCCGGUCCAGAGUUGGCGUUCUGGUUGCCGGACCAGUCCGGCGACCCUGACGAGUUCGCAAAAGAGUUCUUGCAGAAGAAGACGGGCGCAAGCUGAUUUGCUCCCUUGUUGUGCUAUUCCUGUAACCUAUCUGUUAUGCUAGUCCUCGUUCCGUUGUGCUGUAUACUACCGGGCCCUGGAGAGUGUGCAUCUUGCACCAAAGACUGUCGCUUUAAGUUCGUUCUUGGGGCACGUACCCUCACCAUUGCAGGUUGGUUUAAUUGCACCAGUACUCGUACUAU